AUGGGCAUUCAAGAGGGUAAGGCGCAGCGAAUUGAUUUCAGCAAGAUCAUGACCCAAGUUCAUCUCAGCAAUGAAGAUCAGGCUGUUUAUGAUAUCCAUGAUAUUAUCAAAUCAUACUACAAGGUAGCAUUGAAGCGGUUCUCCGACAACGUUGUUCUUCAAGUCGCGGAGCGCCACUUGCUGGGUCCUGAAGGGCCAGUGAAAAUUCUAUCUCCCGAAUUGAUUGGUGAGCUUUCAGACGCUGAGCUGGCCGACAUUGCGAGUGAGAACUUCGCGACAGCCAGUCUCAGAGUCGAGCUACAGACUCGUGCUGACAGACUCCGGCGUACUUUGGAGAUGGCGAAUCAGGUUGGGUUUUAG